GGUUUUCUUUAUGGUAUCGUACACGUAUUCGCACUAGCAAAUCGUCAGUUACACACAUUGGAAUGAAUUAAUGAACAAUACCUUCCAGCAAGUUUAAUGUUCAAUCACUGAAGGGAUGAUGGUGCCGGCGAAUUACGCUUGAGCUGUCUGAGUGUGGUUUAUUUAGAAAAUUACUAGAGUUUUCGUGCGUUAAAUAUUCAUAAUCACGUACGUGAUUGUAUUUCAGAUGUUCAAUAAGAACUUGGCAAAUUGGUACGGGCAGAGACAUCUACUUCCAGCUCGUGAUACUAACGCACGCAGUUGAUGAAGUGUGCGGCAGAUGGUAGCAUUAAGCAGCUGACGCCCUUUGUGCGCCGGCGCACACGGCUUAAUCGAUAACACAGCGCUGAUUUUUUCCCUUCGUUAAUUAAACUUGUUUCGUGAGGCUGAAUUGCUGCUACCUUCAGCCAAUAAACGUAUGGUUUAUUCGUGAAAUUAUUUUUGUUGCCUGUUAUUGGUAGUGUGUGUCGUUCUCGAUGUAGUUCUCGAUAAUGUACAUUAAAGGAAAUAAAAAUACGCGUAGCAGUUAUUGACCAGACACUAAUGUUCUCAUCCGAUUGUUAAUGUAGUCGAUUUAACGCCAGUCGACUACGAUGCCGUAUUUACUGGAUUGUGAAACUCCGGAUCGUACACCGUUCAUUGCAUUCAAGGCGUAUUUGUUACGAAUGGAAACGAGAACUGCUAUGCACAAUACUGAUAAUUUCAUACGUUUACAGGCCUCUUGUGAAGUAACAACAGACCGUCGAUUCAAGUUUAUUAUCGAUAAAUCGAGAUGAUAGCAUUAAUUGUAAUCGGGAAGGCGUCGCGACGCUGUGGUUUCGUUGUUCGUGCUAUGUUAAAUGCGUUACUCGCAAAUUUUAAGCCGCGUUGUGCAUAUGGUGCAACGACACAGUAAUCAGAAUGAUGAUUUAUAAAUAAACAAGCUUUUGUCACACCCCUCAUUUUAAAUCUACCAAUGAUGUGUGUACAGUGCAAUCGGUAUAUACGACAGUGGAAACAAAAAUUGCUUUCAACGCGCGCUCAGUGUUUUUAACAUCUGCGGCAGUGAAAGUGUCGUCCUUCAUCUUCAUGAAAAAUGCACGUUUUCCAUAACUGAUAACGGAAACGACAAUAGGCCUACCAUCGACAGAAAUUUGUUAAGAAUAAUGUUAUUUUAGCAUGCAGCUAAGUAAAAUCCAUACGAUGGAUACAGAUUCUUGGUGCGAGCCUCUCAAUCUCGUCAAAAAGAAGACCAAACCAGUGGCAAUUGUUGCGCCUUCGUCUGUUAUUGACAAGAGUGUAGAGAAACUCAGGUUUGCGGAAUCUUUUAAUUCGAACAUCAAGACAGGUGAAAAUAAAAGCUUUGAGCAACUGUUUACCGUUAACGACGAAGAAAUAAAAAGGCAAGGUAUCGAAAACGAAAGCGAUGAUCAAUUGCGAGAGGCAAAUUUCAAAAAACAAUUUCCUCCUCUUAACGCGGUUAGAAAUUUUGCUGUGGGUAACAAUGGGAGCAACAACCAGAAACACUCAUACGAUAGUUUAUUGUUUAAACACACGCAGAAUAAAGAUAUUGGCACAGAAGCAACUGGGAAUGCUGACAAAGGGCACUAUAGUGACGAGCCCAAUAAAAGUGAGAAAGACAGUGAUGUCUCUAGUGUAUCAACAGAUGACAAACAGUUUGUUCCUAAAACAUUUUCAGACCCUUCUAAUUUAUAUUCUGUGAUUCAUGACCUAGCUGCUAGUGACAACAAAUUUCUCUCCGCUUUGUACAUGAGCAGGCUUAUUGCAAGUGCAGCUCCAUCUCUUCCAACACUUCCAAUUCCACUUAGUUAUCAUGCCCCGAAUUAUUUUACAGCCCCAAAUUAUGAGAUGCCAGUUUCACCUAUGACAGAACCAAGCAAUGCAACUUCGAGUAUGCUCCUUAGUAACUUCCUGUCUUUUGCAGAUGUUCGUUCUCAGUUGUGGCAAAUGCCUCCUAAUUGGCAGGAUAUUUCAAAGAUAUGCUCACCUGCUUCUCCAAAUGUAGUACCGAGCACUCCCCCAGUAGAAACACAAACCACUAUCUGUAACACACCUGAAGUUCCUCCUUCAUCACCCAUUGCCAGUUUACCUAGAUCCCCUAGUAAAAAGUCAAGAACAAGCAAAAAAGGGUCAACUGCACUGGAUCAGAAAAACUCCACCUCUUCGACAACAGAGGGCACAAAAGCACAGGAUUCAGCACAGACAAGCAACAACCAGGAUAAGAAGAAGCCACACAUUAAAAAACCCCUGAAUGCUUUCAUGCUGUACAUGAAGGAGAUGAGAGCAAAGGUUGUUGCUGAAUGUACUCUGAAAGAAAGUGCUGCCAUUAACCAAAUUCUUGGUCGAAGGUGGCACUCAUUAUCACGCGAAGAGCAAGCAAAAUACUAUGAGAAGGCGCGGCAGGAACGCCAGCUUCACAUGCAGCUUUAUCCCGGCUGGAGUGCCAGGGAUAAUUACGGAUACGGCGCAAAGAAGAAGAAGAGAAAGAAAGAACGCUCCGCUGACCCAGGAGGUAACAGCAUGAAAAAAUGCCGUGCCCGAUAUGGACUGGAUCAGCAGAAUCAGUGGUGUAAACCUUGCAGGCGCAAGAAAAAAUGCAUCCGCUACAUGGAAUCUGGUGAGAGUGCAGACGGCAAUCAGUCGGAGGAUAAUCUCGGUAGCUGCGGGAGUGCGGGCGAAGCGCACACCCCACCCGACGACGAUGCAGACGGCGACGGAGAGAGCUUGCCCCACUCACUGUCGAGCCCCGGCGGCCUGAGUGGGCUCUCCAGCCUGACAUCGCCGUCGAUGAUCCUGCCCAGCCCCGGCACGAGCCUGGCGAGCCCCUCGGUGAGCCUGGCCAGCCCCUGUGUCAGCCUCCAGAGCCCCCUCACCCCCCAUGAUCCGUCGGGGUCCUCCGCCUAUGAGUGCAAACCUCCGGUCACGAACAGUGUGCCCCUCCCACUGCCACCCCCAUCACUCCACCACCACCACCAUCCGCCGCACCAGCACCACCCGCCGCCGGGUCCUCAGCCGCACCGGAAUCCUGUCGGGACCAAUCCUCGGGACGUUAAUAAUCCGCUGAGUGUGAAUCAGCUGACAGGUCAGUGCAUCAAGAGUGAAGGUGGUGGAACUGGGCAGGACUCUUCGUCUGCGUCGAGGCCCGUCAUCAGUGUCACGUAGCGGUGGCCGACCUCUGACCCCUCGUGAGUGGUCAGAUCGGCUGUGCGGGGCCCGGGGACCGGUUCUGUGCGCGUUUAAUGUGUCGGUGGUUUUCAGGCUCUAUGUGGAUGAUUUAAUUCUGGACAGAAGUGAAAUACUCAGGACUAUGUGGAAAGAAGAUUAUGCAUUACAAAACUGCAUUUGAAAAUGUAUUUCGGAUGUUUGUGUAUUAGUUUUGUUUUGGCCAAAACACUGUCACAAUUUUUGUUAUUGAAGAAUAUGUUCCUUUGUGCCAGAUAUGCUUAUUUUUAAACUGCAGGUGCAUUUCCUGAGAAUGUCUAAUGACCGUGCCGUAGAUAUUUUUACCCGUCGUCUCCUCUGCCCUUCUGUGUAUUUUUCUGUGUGGCGAAAAUUGUUUCUCACUGUCAGUUUUAUCAGUAAAAGAUACUGUUUUGUUCCCCUGACAGAUUUACAGGAAGAAUGCAUUAGCACAAUUUCAGAAUAGUUAACCUAGAUCUGAAUCAUACUAGUACUUUAAACAGCUAGUUUGUCAAUAACUUUUCACGAAGAGGUCGAAUAUCUAGUAUACAGUACAGUAGCUACUCAUUUCUGCAGCACGUUCAAUCCACACUUGAUAAAUACUACACAAAUAUAUGAGUCUGCAUUGAAAUUAUGUAACAAAUGGUUUCACAUUAUCAGUCAGAUCAGCAGUGAAAUCUCUGUGGUUACCCAUUUGAUCUCUCUCUCCUCCCCCUCCCCUCCCCUUUUGUGGUUUUGACUUUGAGAGGCAGGGGUUCAAGCUUAUUCUCGUUCACAAGCGCUCCAGUUCCCACUUAAAAUACAUGAUACAUUUUCCAUCUGUUCCCGUAAUAAACUGAUGAUUAUGGUGUAAGUAUAUACUGCCACUAAGUGUUGGGUGGUUUUACAGUCCAUUUAUUACACCAGUUCUGAAAUACAUCAGUGCUUCUAAAUUUGUGAAUGCUAUACCAAAGUAUGAAUCUUAGAUAAAUCUAGUCUAUUUUGCUACACUGUACAGGAAGGAAAAAAAUCUUAACACUGUGGCAGUGGAAAAAUAUGGGCAUUUGUUCCCAGAACCAGAACUGUGGUAGGCCAUACUUUGAUUUUGUCAGUAAUAUAUACCUACAGAAUGUAAACUUGUUUCAUCGAGAUAGAUUUGACAUGUGAAAGUUUAACAUUUAGUUUGCAUGACGUAUUUGUAGUAUACAUUGAGCAUAUUUACAGAACUGUGUAAAUCAUAUAUUUUUCACAACUAAGUAAUGACCCCUGCCUGAUCAGAAUACCUUCGGCACUCCUUGCUUGUUUCAUUUAUGUGCCGAUACCAGGAACAAGUGACUGGUCAACUGUAAAUGCUUUUUCUUGUCUAGAGCAUUUGCUGUUUACCAAAAAUUUCACAUAAGAUUGCUCAUAACUAGUAUUUUAGAUAUUACAUUUUUUAAAGCCAUAUUGUGUUUUAUAGAAGUCUCCUUAAAGUUUUAUGCCAUGGAGAUAUUAUGUGCCAUUUCCUGAAACUGAUUUUUCCUAAUAAGUAAUUUCUGUUAUUAGUAUUGUUACUUUUUAUAUGUGGUGUAUUAUGUAUUUAAAAAUGUGACACGAAACUGUUUGUUCGACACUACAGGAUGCCUGUAUGACUGAGAAUUGAGUGAGGAACAGCUCCCUCUUGUAUGUCUUGUCAUUGUCUGACAUUCUUAGAAGCUCUACAACAGGGUCACAACACAGCUUCACAGUGUUAUUACAUACUGUUAGUUGAAAAGAAAUAUGCAUUCUCUAAGAUACUGAUUCAUGAGAAAAGCCUACAGUGACAAAAUGCUAAAUUAUAUAUGCAUGGUCAUUAAGAUUAACUUGUGAUAUAAGAAUAAUCUCUCUUCUGUUAAAUAGGCAAUUCAGGAUCUUCUGAUAAAUUAUUUAAGCACAUCCUUUUUAUUCCAUCUGGUACUGUAAAUAAAAUGGUUGGAAUAGGAGGACAUGCAUAUCUUCCUAUAAGCUGGGCGAGUGCAAUGGAAAUUGAAGAUGUGGUUUUGAUGUUUUGUUAAUUUGUCAGCUGAAGGUGUUAAAUACAAAUAAAAAUUGUGGAAACAGUCACAGAAUAUCAGAAAGCAGCAGUUUAAUAGUAAAUGUGAUAUAUAUUUGUUGUAUUGGCUUUGCAGUCAGUGUAUUGUAACCAUGAUUCAUUUCAUUUUCAUCCUGAUAAAAAAUUAUUCUCUCUUGUGUGAAAUCCAUUAAAUAUGGAGAUUCAGUACAUAAUUUAAUGUACAAAUUAUGGAAGGUUUUGAAUUGGUUUGAAAAAUUUAUUCUACAGUUACUCACAUUUUUAACUGUGUUCAAUUUUGUUAUUUGUUGUUAUGUACUGGUGUUCCUAUAACAGCAUCACUUCCCUUUUCUAUUUUGUAGAUUGGCUGUCAUUUAAGAUGUUAAAGUUUAUGUAACAGUAAUAGAGAAUUAUUUCAUAUAUUUAUGUGCAAAAAAUAAUUAAAGAGAGAUCCUGAUUUGUAUGCCAUUGAUUUGUGGCAUUAUGUACAGAUGUUGUUUUAUAAAAGAAAGAUUUUUUGUAAUAUGAAAAUGUGAAGAUAUUGUGUAUGUAGUCUGUUAAAGAAUGAGGAUUUUUAAACCUUGUAAUAAAUGUAAUCAUCAUUUACCUUCUACAAAUGUGUAUCAAGGGCAUGAUAUACAGGAUUGAGAAAUACAAUAUUAACAAAAUGGCAAAAUUUAUCAGCAAUUUCGUUUUAAUUUAAAGGACCGAUAUUUUUUCUUGUACUCUUGUAGGUGAUCUAAACGUGCCAGACUCUUGUUUCCUUGUGAAUAGUAAGUGUAUAAUGUAAAGCAUUGAAAAUGCGUGGAUGUUAAAAUGCAGUUACAUUAUCACCUUGUAAUGUAACUCAAGUAUUUAGAGGUAGCUAAAUAAUGUUUGUAUAGUAGCUAUACCUCAGUUUCCAAUAUUUGUUGUAAGUAAAGAACCGUCAUUUAUUA